UGUUAUUUGAUUGGCUACAGGGGGCUUCUUCGAAUCAUCUAGUCGGCUGGUACUCGAAGCCCGCGGUUUACAAAAAUCGACUUGAUGAAGUACAAUAGUCGCGAUAAAAUCUGCAUUUAUACAAAACUGACCUGUUGGGAAGGUGUUUAAAUUGUGCUAGGACAACUGUAACGUCAACGUUCAAAAUUUCCGUGGCAAAACAUACUCAAGAAAUAAAUAGCACGGCACCGUGUUGUUUGUAGUGACGUUAGCAGUAGCUAAUGUUAGCAGAUGGCUAGCUAGCUGGGUAACGUUAGCGCUUGCCUUUUCAGCGUUACCUUGUCAACUAGCACCAGCUGAAACUGCUGUGCCUUUUAACCUUAUCUGUUGUAACAUCUUGGAAAUACAAGCUGUACACUUCCGUUCUACGACUUGAGACCAGUCAUUGUCACUCCCAGCUCGAUAACCAACUUCAACGAUGUCGACUCAUCUUGGGGUGAGCCAAAGCAGCAGCUGUAAACGAGACACUAUUUCUGUGGUGCCCGACUACUCCCCCGAUUCUCUGGACGAUGUCUCUGGCCUGAAUAAGUCAUACCCACGUAUUCAGAGACCGUUGUACAAGAAAAGGCUUUUGGCAUUGCAAGGUCGUUAUUAUCCUGGCUCCUUGACAGGUGAACACAUGGAUGUUUUCACUUCAUUUGCAUCAAGAAAUCACCAAAUCUCAAUCUUAAAUCCUGGCUCCAAAGUUUCUGAUGCCUGCCUGUCACACCCGCCUACUCAAUCAGAAACGGAAGACACCCUGUUCAGUCAGCUAAUCUUUGGAAAGUUUGGCCUUUUGGGAUCUCCGUCUGCACUCAACCCAAACAAAGGCAUUCUUACUGUAGACCACAAAACCAGAGAGAUUUUGUCAGCGAAUGAACAGGCCUGCAAACUGUUUGAGUGCACCACUAAUGAACUGAUUGGAAAAAAGCUUUCCUGUUUAUUGAAGAAAACCAGUCAGAUCCUGGAAGAAGCACUGGGAGAAGAUGUUCUGCUAGCAGAUGGAACUAUUGCCUCUGUGUCUGAAAGACUGGUGGAUGCUGUGACACUGUCUGGAGAGGUGCCUGUAUCAGUAUAUUCCCACAGACAGUCACAAAAUGAAGGGCACUGGCUUCUCAUGUUAGAAAAUGUGGAAAGGGUAUCAGCCUGUCUGUCCUUUUCACAAGAUGGCCGUAUCUUAACGUGUGACAUGACAUUUGCCCAUCUCCUUGGAUACCACCAUCCUAAUGAGUUAAAAGGGGUGCCUGUUAAGGAGCUAAUCCCCUUUUUACAAAUCCCUCUCCACAGUCAGGCAUUCCCCAAGAUGCUGAGGGUUCAGAGAGUGUGUGGUAAAAGCAGAGGGGGUGCAUCAAUCCCACUGUGUAUCAAACUUCAGGGGGCAGUACUAUGUGGAAAACUCCAGCACCAAAUUAAUGGAGCUGGUUUUACCUGCCCAACAGAUAGUCUUGAAAGAUUAGAUGCACAGGACACAAAUACAGAGUGCACCAGGCACAAGACAGAAACCCCACACUCUGAGCACAGGACACAUUAUGAAGUUAAAGUGGACAGCAAUGCUCUCGCCUCAAGCCUUGCACUGGAGUAUUCUGGAACAGUUUGGGCAUUUGCUCCUGUGAGCGGUCUCCUCCUGCUCCACCCUGAUGGCUCAAUCUUUAGUAUCCACAACCACCUGGCCCUCAGUCUGUUUGGCUACAGCACGGAUGAGCUGCUGGGAAAGUGUGUCACUUUCCUGAUGCCUGGUUUUUAUGGCUGGAUGUCUGAUUCAGACAGAAAGGCCAGCCCAUUCCCUGAUUCUCAAGUAGAGGCUGGUAAAUGUAUAGCCUCAUCCAAAAUAACAGGAAAAUCUGACCCAUCCUCACUGGUGGCUGGAAAUAUGGCCAUGGUUCAUUGGGUCGUCAUGGAAAGAACCUUGACGGGUAGAGGCAGGAUCUUCAGUGGAACCAGCACCAGGCUGGAGAAACAGGGCAGCGCUUUGUCAACCCUUUCCCCUCCUCCAGUCACCUCCACACGUGUGGUUAGGGCUGACGAUACUGCAGAGUUGAUGAACGAGGCAGCCCAGGUUGCACCUUGCAGUAGCCAGUUAGACAGUGCAGAUACCACUGAGGCACUCCUCCAGACAUUUGCCUGGGUGGAACCUCCAGAAGAAGACACCUGCUGCACAGUUGUCACCGAAACACCACACCAUGACCAAGAUCAGCAACUCAGCAAUAGGUUUCAAAAAAAUAAUCAACCUGGCAUCGAGAUUGUCCCAGACCCGCCCACUCAGAAGAAUCACUCUGUUGGUAGGGUGGGCGGCACCUCCCCUGAUGUAGGCAAAGACCACCCUUCAUGUGCCUCUGUCCUUCAAGACUCCAGCUUUGAAAUCAUCUCACUGGAUAGCAGGUCGUCCUCUGGCUUCUGUGAAAAAUUUGCCGGUCAUGGUGGUUCUGGUCCCGGCCAGACAGAGCACUCUCGUUCAGCACAUGUAGUGGACUCAGCCAGCUGCUUCCUGGACCUUAACAGCAAUGGUGAGCUGGUAACCCGAGCCCUGGCUGACUUAGAUCUGAGUGCUACUAUAGAGCUGCUUAGAGGUGGAGGGUACAAGGAUAACAACCAACACUGCGUAGCUUCCUGUGAUACGGCCAAGCUCCUGCAGACACCCAUGCCAUGUGUGGUAGUGUCUGAGCAGGAAGCAGAGCCUGCUGAGAAUGGAGACACUGCUGUGAAGGCCAGACAUGGCUCAGGAGAAGAGCAACUAGAAAAGGACCAGGGUGAUCUGGAUCAGUGGGCAGCUCUUUCUUCAAUUCAUAAAGAAAAGAGCCAGGAGUUCUGUGUACAAAUGAAUGGUGGGAUUCAGUCAGUGACAGAUGUUCCUGCCACGUCUACUCCUAAGAAGCAGAAGGUGAAUGGACGUGCCUUGUCCACAGACACUACACGGAUUUUGGAGGGUCGAUUUGAAGGAAGUGCGUACCACAGAGAUGGCACAAGAGUAGAGUUGCAGUGUGAUGUGUGCAGGACCAACCUCCUUGAUGGAAGCUCUGUGUUUUGUGUGUGGAUGAGUAGGCCAGGCCAGCAGGGGGAACACUUGCAAACAGAUCACUCAUUGCACAAUCACUCAGGAGCCAGUCUAGGCGAGAGGAUUGGUGAGGCCAGUCAUGUGGAGGCUUUACGCUCCACCGUAGACCUAGAGCAAUCUCAAGCCUGUGAUGGACAGUUUGCAGAAGAGUACCAGCCGCUCAAAGCUGUGGGUAAAGGAGCCUUUGGUUUUGUCUGGAAGGCAACAAGGCGCUGUGAUGGACAAGAAGUGAUAGUGAAGUUCAUUAGCAAGGCCAGGAUAGUAAGUGACUGCUGGGUGGAUGACCCCAUGUUGGGAAGAGUCAGCCAAGAGAUCGCUCUACUGACACGUGUACAGCACCACAACAUAGUCAAGGUGCUGGAGGUGUUUGAGAAUGGGAGUUACUUCCAGAUGGUGAUGGAGAAACAUGGGGAUUGUUUGGACCUUUUCGAAUUCAUAGACAUGCAGCCAAGGCUGGAUGAGGCCUUGGCCAGCUACAUCUUUAGACAGCUGGUGGCAGCUGUCUUCUAUCUGAGGUCUAAGAACAUCCUUCACAGGGACAUAAAAGAUGAAAACAUCAUCAUCGACAAGUGUUUCCACAUUCGACUGAUAGACUUUGGCUCUGCUGCCAUGAUGGCUCCUGGGAAGCUCUUCUACAAUUUCUGUGGCACACUGGAAUACUGCUCCCCAGAGGUGCUUCAGGGAAACCCUUAUGAGGGUCCAGAGCUGGAGAUGUGGUCUCUGGGUGUUUUGCUUUAUACUCUGUUAUUCAGUGAGAACCCCUUCUGUGAUGUCGGGGAAAUCCUGGAUGCAAAACUCAAGCCACCAUUCCCCCUCUCUCCUGAGCUGAAUGGUGUGGUGUGUGGGCUGCUACACCCUGAUCCUGUUCAGAGGAUGACCCUGGACCAGCUGCUGCUGCAGUCCUGGCUCAGCCAGCCCAUUUCCCUGUCAGAAUACAGCUGGACAGAUGUGGUUCCUGUAACUCUGAGCUACUGCUCACCACAGCAUCAAGACUCCAGUCCUAAAGUUAAUAUUAGUCCAGGCUUGUUCCCAGAUCAGGGUGAUGACACUCUGCCAGAUGAUGAGGAGGAAGAUGAGGAUGAGAGGUUGUCAAUGGUGGCCCUGCAGACUGAGCUGCAGAAGUACCUCCAUGUGGAUUAACAACUGGAUUUAAAGGGGGUGAAGUCCAACCAUCUGUCCAGCAUUUUAGCUGUGCAAAGAGGACAUGAACUGCAAAACAAGCGGCCACUUCUCUGUCUUUGACGUGGUUUGAUGACAAAAGCAUCUUUGCCUUUAUGAACUAUACAGUGCUGCCAACAUUGUCAUGCUGCUGGGUUGGUUAAAAUGUACUUGCUGACAUUUGUGAUUGCUGCUGUGAUUACAACAGAGAAAGAUGAGAUCGUCGCGGUGCUCUUUUCUUUAUUUAUUGUAUUUUAUUUAUUUAGAUUUGGGGAAGAGUCAAAAUCAUAGUGAUUCUUAAUGGGGUACCCUGAUUUUCUGUUAAAACUCAUAAGUGUCACAACUUUUAACUGUUUACCUACAGUCGGAGAAACUGCACAGAAAACUAAUGUUGGGGGGAUUCUUGAUCUAUCUUUAAUAAAUAUCCAUUUUAAUUUCAUAUGAAUCUGCAAUAUUGUAAUUAAAAUUGUAAAUAUAUUUACAAUAUUUUAGCUAUUUAUUUUUAUACAAUAAAUAUUUUACCACAAACCUGUUUUGCCUUUUAACCAUUGAGGGAUUGUCUCUUAAUUACAGUAUAUCUUUUAUUCUCAUGAUUACUUUGGCCAUCUAAUAUCUGCUUGACCUGACCGAUUCUCUUGCUGUGCAAACUUCCUAUCAGACUGUCAAAGUCCAG